AUGAUUUGGAUUUUUAAUAAAAUUGCUGAGUUGCUGCACCGCUCUUUUUCUGUCUCUGUACCCUUCAAAAAGCACUUUGUGAGUGAUCUUAUGGAUUCUAUUAAGGCGCAGAGGGACUGGUACGACCGUCGUAACCGAGAUAUUCAGGAGCGUGCAAUCCAGCUUCGUCUGGACUCCCUGCAGGAGAAUUACCUUUGCUGUGUAUGUUUUGCACCCGGUGAGGAGCGCGACAGCGUGGCUCAGCUUGAUAAUUCAUAUAUUAUGGUUGAUCUUCUCCCACAAGAGUCAAUUGAAGCGGCUUUAUUUAAGUCAACCGAAGUUCUAGAGACAAAAGACCCUGUUUUCGCUGGUAAAGAUGAUCCUCUUGGUGACUCCCUGAAAAGGCUGCCCUACAAUCUUAGGAGGGGUAGCUCGAUGAUGAUGGACUCUUUAAACUCUAUACAGCAGACGGACCCCUUGUACAAACUUGAUCGAAUAAAUGGUACAUCGAGUAAACUUUGUGACGAGAAUUCCAUCACCACUAUUAAUGGAAAACAAGUGAGUUCGCGAGAACAGGGUUCGCUCCGUUUUGAUGAAGUGCCUAGAAGAAGGGCUGAGCAUCAUCCUAGUGAAGAAACCCAUGCUACCUUAGUUUUACAAAGAAAGCUAAUACCGCAGAUCUCCGCAGCUCUAGAUCCUGCGCAUGUCCCUCAAACUGAAGUAAAAAAUAUGAUCGAUAGAAUACACAACGUUUUCAUUAAGAAAAAAAUCCAUAGCAAACUUCACACUGUGGCAUCCAUUCGAGAUAAAGGACUUAUAAUCAUUGAAGACUCUGAUAUUGAAUUGUUUUCAUGUUUCUUUCGACAUCCUGUGAGAGGUUAUCUUUGUGAGCGAUGUUACACCAGUGUUCUCAAAAGCCUUGACGCGCUUUCAUGUCAUAUCCAAACCAUCCUGUUCAAGGCUAAGCAUCCGUUGUUGCGCAAAGCCCCUUAUAAAGAGUUUGAGCAACUCCAUUCGAUGAAGCCGCCGCCCUUGGUAUCUGGAAAAUUUCCUUUAGGUCCUCUUCAUCAACCGAUAGAGGGGGAAUAUUCCUGGAAGGCGGGUAGCCCAAACGCGGCAUCGCCGUGUUCUCAGAAAGGCGGCAGCGUCAUUGUCAAGACUCGCACGCAGCCGUCGGGAGACCUUUCGAAGAUUCCAGGUAGCCUAGUAAGGCUAUCAUUAACUGGGAAGGUCAGCACACCAGAUUCCACCGUCUUGGAUGAUGACAUUAUUCUUUCCCUUCGCGCAACCGUUAAGUGUGGAAUUUGCCUGAGACGGCCCUGUAGCUUUUUCGUACAAGUUAAUGCUUUAUUUAUUUGUGAAUUUUGCUGUGCGUGGGAUCGCUUUUAUCGCGAUCAUGCGAUUUGUAUUAAUGACGAGGAUAUGCCAUUAAAAUGUGCUUGUUUGCUAACAGAGUUAUCCAGUUACUAUAAGCAAAUUUACUUUCAAAAAGAGCUUCGAGAAAUACCUCAAACUGAGCUUCAGAUUGCACCCAGAAGCCUUUUUUUGCCCGAAGAAAAUAUUUUUUCCACACAGAACUUACCAGCUUCCCAUGAUAUAUCCCAAAAUGAUACUGAGAUUUCUGGUUUAAAUAUUAUGGAUGAAGUGAUGACACUACCAGUUCUCGAGGAGCGACCCUUUUAUAAAAAGGAGAUCCCAACUGAUCCACGUGAUCUGAGAGCUCUAGUAAGCAGCACCAGAGUUAGUUUGUUUGCAGAUACAUGCAUUAAACAGAAGGGGGAACCAGAUUUGUUUGAAAUCGUUAUUACAGAGUCUCAGAAACCUCUUAUUCAAAUUGACACCCCUGGACAACUCCUUCAAACUGAUGAUACUACAAUAUUAGACAGCGAGGGUCAGAAAAAUCUAUCCUUUUUCUUUCUAUAA